AUGACUUCUGGGUUUGUUGUUCAUGGAAAUGUAGGACAGGACGCGAAAUAUAAAAAGGCGAGAAGAUAUGUUCUCAGCGUCGGUCUGGUGAACGUUCUCAUUCAUAAUUCAACUCUUCGUGGUCCUUCGCGUUUGCUUUUAAGACCAAUUUUAGCAAUAAAAGGAAUACUACUUACCUACGACAGUGAUGCAUUUUUUAUGUCGGAAUGUCUAGAAACUUGCAUUUUAAUGGCACAUAUAAUCAGCAACGUAUUAGCUUUGCACACUCACAGAGAAAACUUGUUGAAACUCCUCGAACACAAAUCUACCUUUUGGGAAAUUACAAAAAGCGAUGACGAUUCAUUACGAGUAGAAAUUCUAAAAAACAAUAAUUUUGUCAAGAAAAUCAUACGCACGUACUUUAUAUUUACCGUCUUUUCUGCAACAUUAUUCGAUUUACAACCAUUUACUACAGGAUUGUUACCUUCGGUAUGCUAUAUACCGAACGGGUGGUUCAAUUUUCUAACUGCCGUGCUGUGGUACUUGUCAUAUGUGGCUGUUUUGUCUCUUAUAGGAAUCGCUUGUCUUUUUUGUUCGCUUGUAAGUUCUUUAACUGAGCAGUUUCAGCUGUUAGCAUAUAGAUUUAGAGAGAUGUGCAAUAAGAGGUUUGAUAUUCGGAACGAGUUGGAAACUUUAGUCAGUCAUCACAAUUUUUUGAUGAGUUACUGCGAAGAUAUAAACACGACGUUUGGAAGUAUUUUUUUGCUCGAUUUUGUGUUGUGUAUAGCUUCUGCGUCCGUAUCGGUUUUUAUUUUUCUACAACCGGGAGAUUGGGCUUACAGAAUGAAAUGUAUAACACAUUUUUUGGUUAUCAUUGUUGAAAUGGGUUUUUACUGUGUUCCAUUGGAAAUUGCCACAAACACUGCAGUUAAAUUAACUGACAUAAUCUAUGAUUCAAAAUGGUACGAAAUAGAAUCAGUCCCCAUCAAGAAGAGUUUAAUUCUUACCAUAAGCCGGGCUCAGAGACCCAUUGUGUUCAGCGGUUACGGAUUAAUAAACAUAAACCUCAACACAUAUGUUUUAAUUUGUAAAACCGUCUUCAGUUUCUACACGUACCUAAACUCGGUUAAAAAACUGACAAAUAAAUAA